AUGACAAACCUUUUAAGUGUUUGUCUAUUUUCUCUGCUAUGCUUUUCGGGUAUCGUGUCGGCGCGACAGCUCCCAAAAGAAUGCGCCAAAGGGCCCUCUUAUUGGUGCCAGAAUCUUAGGGUCGCCGCAGACUGCGGCGCCGUGGGUCACUGCAUCGGCACGGUGUGGGAAAAGCAGCAACAGGAAAUACGCAGGAACGACGCCUCAGAGAAGUUCAUCCGGCUAUUCAGACAGCUGAAGGAUGUCAAGGAUCUCAUCAAUACAGAGUACCUGGCCGCACGCAUCAGCACCGCCUGCCGCGACACCAGCAACCAGGCGGUCACCAAGUACUGCCGCGAAAAGACCGCAUACCUAGAACAGUACAUCGCCGCUUUGCUGGCGUCCAACGUCUCCGCGGAGACCAUGUGCAGCGUGGUCGCCAUGUGCAACAGUGACAAGUUGGACAACAUAAUGGCCAUGCACAAAAAGAAAUCGGUGACGCCCGCAAAGCAUGAAGGUAAAUUGCUUGGCGCUUCCCCAUGCACCUGGGGACCUUCUUACUGGUGCAGUAACUUCAGUACCGGGCGCAAGUGCAAGGCGACCCACCACUGCUUCAACCGCGUGUGGCCCCGAUCCACCUUCCCGCAGGACGCAGACAGCAUCUGCAAGAUCUGCACGGACAUGGUGCAGCAGGCGCGCGACCAGCUGCAGAGCAACGGGACGCAGAUAUCCAUAGAAAUAAUUAUUAUUGGUACAGAGAACAACCAUGACCCCUCAAACGAACGGCGUAAGGAGGAGCUGAAGGAGGUGUUCGAAGGUUCGUGCAAGCUGAUCCCGAUCAAACUGGUGCGCAAGGAGUGCAUUAUGCUCGCUGAUGACUUCGUGCCCGAGCUGGUGGAGACCCUAUCCUCGGAGAUGAACCCGCAAGCGGUCUGCUCCGUUGCAGGCUUGUGCAACAGCGCGCGUAUCGACGCUAUGCUAGAGGACUAUAACAAGAAACUGGAGGCACGAUCCGGUUGCAACAACUGUCGCCGAACUGUUGGCGUAUUGAGGAAGAGAUUCGACGCGACCACUUACGAAGACUUCCUCGUUGGGUUGCUGCAGGUGUGCGGCCGUAUGGGCUCCCUCUCCGACUCUUGCUCUAUGCUGGUGUUCAAGUAUUACGAGAACAUUCUGGCCGCCACCAAGAAGGACCUCACCAGCGCCAGCGUCUGCCACCUGAGCGGCCAAUGCGCCCAGAGAUACCACUCCCACGACGAAUACGACUUCCCCGAAGUUAAGGUCGACCAGCUUAAGGCCACAGACGACGUCCCGUGCGAGUUUUGCGAGCAAGUCGUCAAUCACCUGCGCGACGUGUUGAUCGCGAAUACAACGGAGUCCGAAUUUCACAGAGUUCUCAUUGGGCUGUGUAAACAGACUGGCUCCUUCAAAUCCGAAUGCCUGAGCCUGGUGGAGCAGUACUUCGAAGCGAUAUACCAUUACCUCGCGACGGAGCUGAAGGGGAACGAGGUGUGCGCCAUGAUGGGCCUGUGCGGGAACCGAACGGAUGUCCCCGUGGUGGCGCUGCUACCGCCCGACCUGGCGGCCAAGAGGAACCUCCAGGUGACGGCCCGGACCAUUGGCUCCAACAUCACCAAGGUGGCGCGCGUCCCCGUUGCCAGCAAGCAGAAGAACGUGCGCAUUUUGGGAGCGGAGCCCGCCGACGUGCUGCCCAUAGAGCGCAUGUUCGUGGCGCUGCCGCAGAGCAAGACGGUCUGCUCGUUCUGCGAGUACUUCCUGCACUACCUGCAGGUCGAGCUCAGCGACGCCAACACCGAGGAGGCGAUAACGAACGCAGUGAACAAGGCGUGCGAUAGUCUCCCAGAAUCGGUGAACGCAGAGUGUAAACAGUUCGUCACCGAGUACGGACCCGCCGUAAUCGCGCUGCUAGUGCAGGAAAUCGACCCCUCCUCUGUGUGCCCAGCGCUGGGGCUGUGCGCGCAGACCGAAGAAGUGCGCCGCGUGGCCAUCAACGCCGACAAGUCCAACUGCCCCUUGUGCUUGUUCGCCGUCGAGCAGCUGGAGGCCACACUGAAGAACAACCGCAGCGAGGAGAACAUCCGCCGCGCGCUGCACGGCCUGUGCAGCCACCUGUCGGCCCGGCUGCGCACCGAGUGCGUGGACUUCGUGGACGCGUACACUGAGCAGCUGGUGGAGAUGCUGGUUGCCAACAUGAACGCGCAGGAGAUCUGCGUGUUCCUCAAGCUGUGCGAGGACAGGGUCGUCGACCCGCUCGAUGUGACGCGCCGCGGCGGAGACCGGUUCCACGAGCGGCCGCGGCUGAGGGCGGACCGCGGCAACUUCCGCGGCAGGCCGAUGCUGCCCAAGAGCAUGCUGGAGAACGGCGACGGCGAUAUCUUCACCAACGAGAUCCCGGACCACACCGCCAACGGCCGCCCCAAGAAGGACAUGAAGCAGAAGACCGUGUGCGUGGUGUGCGAGUUUGUGAUGAAAGAGAUCGACGACCAGAUCAAGGACAAGCAUAAUGACGACGAGAUCAAGAGGAUAGUGCACGGCGUUUGCAAGGCCAUGCCGAAAACGGUGCGCGACGAAUGCGACCAGUUCGUGGAUAAGUACUCGGACCUGAUCAUCAGCCUUCUGGCCCAGGAGUUGGACCCCUCGGAGGUCUGCCGAGAGCUCAAGCUCUGCGACCCCACUGGCAUCGCCGCCGUCAAAGCAGAAUCGGUGCUGGACUGCGCUGUGUGCGAGACCGUCGUUAUGGCGGUGAAGAAGGUGCUCAGCAACGACAAGACGGACCAUGACAUUGUGCACGUGGUGGAGAAGUCAUGCGCGCUGCUGCCGGCCAAGUACUCUGACAGGUGCCACACGCUGAUGGAGAUCUACGGCGACAGCGUCAUCCACCUGAUCGAGGACCUGGGCACCAAGAGCGGGCGGCAACUGAGCGCGUGCUGC